AUGGCCGCCGCCGUGACCGAGCACUCACGGUUCUUUCCUUCGCAUGCCGAUGCGCUGACCGCCGAUGACUUUGAAACGGCCUCGAUCCGCUCGGCCGCGCCGUCCUACUUCUCAGAUGCGCCCUCCUACCACUCGACCGUGCCGAACCCCGAGCCCAUCCCCGCCUACUCGCCGCCGGCCAACAGCAGCGAUGUCAGCCGCGGCACCCACGGAUCCACCCCGUACCCGAGCUCACUGCUUCCUGCCGCCCCGGCCUCUAAUCGCUCCGGCAGUUCGACCCCCCAGCCCCGCCAAGCUACCGGCCUUCCCCCGAUCCCCCCGGCGCCACCCAUGGCGCAGCUGCUCGAUCAAUUCCGCAUCCAGACCUGGUCGGCCGCGCACACGAACCCGACGCUCAACAACGUCGCCCGGCGACGCAUGAACCAGGGCGCCGACCCCGUCGCUCACCUCCGCCGCUUCAUGUCCGAACGCAUGGCCGAGGAGGAAGCCGCCCAGCGGGCGAGACAGUCUCGACCGCUCGAGGACCCGCACCUGGUCGGAGAAGAGGCCGCCGCGAGCGCUCGUCGGGAGAGGCUUGCGCGGGAGUCUGGCGAGGACAUCCUCUGGGACGAGGAUCGUCGAUGGAACCGAUUUCUCAGCCAAAUGCAGACAUGGGAAGACCGCGAACGCAGCUGGCGGAACCUGCGCCAACCCGCGCCGACUCAGCCGCGCAAGAAGCUGACCCGUCGCCUUACCGGACGUCUCUGGUAG